UAGCCUUUUUCUGUCUCUCAGUCUCUGUCACAACGGGGCUAAUCAGCGACCGACUAGCCCUUGGCAAAGUCACAGUGAGGGAGGUCUCCACCGAACAGGCGACCGGCGGACGAGCCAACACAUGUAUCAGGAGCCGGCAGGACUGGGGAUUUUUAUUCAUUUCAGUUGGUCACUUCUCUUCUCCUCCUCUGUCGUGUUUCACUGCGUUAUGGAUCAUUGUUCUUCAUCCAGAGUGGAGCUGCAUGUUGGAGUCUGCAGCCAGGCAGGGGAGCAGUUCGAGGGGGCAAAAGGGAUCCAGGCACCCGCCAAGCCUUCAUGGCCUUACCACUGCCUAGAGGGGAAACAAGAAAACAUCAAUCUGGUGUCUCUCCACGGAAGGAAAUUAUAAAUGAACAGAAUGAAUAACUGUUGCUUUUAACAUUUGGAAAAAAAGCAAAAAGGACCACUUCCAAACUAAUGAGCAUCUCCCUGCACUGUCGAUGGAACUUGGGAGCCUUGAGUUGCUCCAGCCAGGCUAGGCUGGUCUGUCCUCUGGUGUGUGCCGUCUACCCCCACCAUGCAGAAUAAUGAGCCCUCCACACCAUGAGUCCUCUGGGCCAGGUUAGUGUGCAGCCUACCUGGAACGCAGCCCUGCUCGCCGUGCUCUCCCUUAUGGUGCCUGCUCUCAGUAUGUGCCAGUCCACAGGCCCUGCGUUGGGCUCGGCUAACCCACAGAACUGCCCAGGUGUGUGCUCCUGCACUAACCAGCUCAGCAAGGUAGUAUGUACCCGCCGAGGCCUGGUUAGGGCUCCCCCGAACAUCCCCCCCAAUACCAGGUACCUGAACCUGAUGGAAAACAGCAUAGAGACCAUACAAGCAGAUACCUUCAGGCACCUGCAUCACCUGGAAGUACUGCAGUUGGGAAGAAAUUCUAUCAGACAGAUUGAGGUGGGGGCCUUCAACGGCUUGGCCAGCCUCAAUACCCUGGAGCUGUUCGACAACAGACUGACAGUCAUACCCAGUGGAGCUUUUGAGUACCUGUCAAAGUUGAGAGAGUUGUGGCUAAGAAACAAUCCUAUUGAGAGCAUCCCCUCUUAUGCCUUCAACCGUGUCCCCUCCCUCAUGAGACUGGACUUGGGAGAACUGAGGAAGUUGGAGUACAUCUCUGAUGGGGCAUUUGAGGGUCUUCAAAAUCUCAAGUAUCUCAACUUGGCGAUGUGCAACCUGGUGGAGUUUCCUCAUCUUUCACCACUGGUGGGACUGGAGGAGCUAGAAAUAUCAGAGAAUUUUUUUCCUGAAGUGAAACCUGGGGCCUUCCGUGGGCUUAAAAAUCUACGUAAAUUUUGGAUUAUGAACUCUGCCAUCACUACCAUUGAGAGGAAUGCAUUUGAUGACAUCACAGCCCUGGUGGAGCUGAAUUUAGCCCAUAAUAACCUGUCAUCCCUCCCCCAUAACCUCUUCACCCCUCUUCAGUACUUGGUGGAGCUACACCUGCACCACAACCCUUGGCGAUGUGACUGUGAUGUAGUGUGGCUCUCCUGGUGGCUCAGAGAAUACAUUCCCACUAAUUCCACCUGCUGCGGACGCUGCCACACCCCGGUCCACAUCAGGGGACGAUACUUGGUAGAAGUUGAUCAGACCACCUUUCAAUGUUCAGCACCUUUCAUACUUGAUGCUCCUCGAGACCUGAACAUCUCUGCAGCAAGGGUGGCAGAACUAAAGUGUCGCACGGCUGCGAUGAGCUCAGUCCGAUGGCUUCUCCCCAAUGGCACGGUAUUGACCCAUGGCUCGACUCACCCACGGAUAUCUGUCCUUAACGACGGGACUCUCAACUUCUCCAACGUUCUGCCGUCAGACACGGGGGUCUACACCUGCAUGGUCAGCAACAUGGCGGGAAAUUCCAAUGCAUCAGCCUACCUAAACGUCAGCAAUGCUGAACUCAACACGUCUAAUCUGUCCUAUUUUACCACUGUAACAGUGGAAGUUUUGGAGCCCACAGUGGAGGAGACCCCUAAACCCAAGCCUACUAUCCCUGCCUCACCCUCAGUCUUUCAGCCUGUCUUCAUCUCCACACCCGCUGUGCUGUUUCAAAACACUCAGUCUCCAGGGCAGGUGUCAAUUCCCACUGCCAGGGUCCCUAGUGGGCCAGCCCCCAGCCUGGAUGAGGUGAUGAGAACCACCAAAAUCAUCAUUGGCUGUUUCGUAGCCGUUACCUUGCUGGCAGCGGCCAUGUUGAUAGCAUUCUAUAAGUUGCGUAAGCGGCAUCAACAGAGGAGCACUGUGGCAGCAGCCAGGACCAUAGAAAUCAUACAGAUGGAGGAGGAAGUUCCUCCCGUUCCACCACCCACCUCUGGAUCUAGUGGCUCUGAAGACCCAGGGUUGCUACUGCCUACAUUAGUGGAACACCACAGCAACACCUUUAAGCCUGGGUACGUGUCUUCUUCAUCCCGCCAAGGGGGCUAUGGAGCCCACUGGACCCAGAACAACUCUCUUCAUCGCUCAGUCAGACAGCAUCACAGCCACAUCAGCACCAUUGCUGAUCCCUACAUCGUUAAGACUACUCAUAGCAAGGAGAAGGUUCAAGAGACCCAAAUCUGAGCAUUGCUCCCUCUGGAUCUAUCUCUGACUCAGCCGCAACCUCUCCUCUCCACCUCUUUGCUCACCAGUCCAUGCAAUAGAAUGCACAAAGAACAAAACGGUAACUUUCUUUUGUACAGAAGUGCAAAACAGGGACAGUUUUUUGUUUCUUGUUCAUGCCUAUACAUACGUAUAUAAAUAUAAAAAAAUACAAAUAUAUAUAAAUGAAACUACGGUCAGGAAGUGGUGAGACAUGCAGAUUAUAUCAGAAAAGAAAGUAAUUUGAAAUAUUUUCUCAUAACAUGUGACUUCUAUUUAAAAAAAGACAAAUAUAUUGAAUUGCUUUUGUGAUUGAUAAUAGAAGGUGGUUCUGUCUACUGUAGGAAAAGAGGCAUUUAGUUUGUUUUUUGGAUCAUAUUUAAGAUGCAAUUAAAAACUCUUUAUACAGGCACCCGUUUCUAAAUACAGCCCCAAAUGUAAGCUCCAGUUUUUACUGUGCCAAAUAUUAUACGCAAUAAAAUGGUAUUUCCAAACGUGGGUACACAAAAAGACACACAAGCAAAUUCUAGAUGGAUAGAAACAUUUCUCAAAGGAUAGCAGCGUAAUGGCACAGAUAGAAUGUGCUGUUCAAUAGCUAUCAGCCAAAUGCUUUUGGACUGCAGUGAAUUUCCGCAGCUAAGAUUUAACCCUCUGUUCGCUGGAGCUAAGCUGCAUUUAUUUGACAGUGCCAGUGCUUCUUAGUUGUAGCUUAUCUAAACAUGUUUAUUUAGUGUGCACAUGAUUCCUCACUGGUUUAACUGGCAAAGAGCAGGCUAAUGACAGUUUUUGCAAAUACUUUGUUAUGUAUUGGUUGCAUUUUCUGUUUUUUCUUUUCCGUUAGGUUUUGACAUGCUUCUUAAUGGCUUGUGUAGUAUUUAGGGCUAAUUUAAUAAUGCAUUAUAGCAGUUGCCUGACUUGUCUCUGCAAGAGCUCAUUGCGAUGCUCAUUUUGUCAAAGGAACGGACAUGUGGUGCAGUGAUACAAAGCUUUGCUGACCAUUCUGCUUUUGGAUUAAGAACACAGAGGAUUGAAGUGAAACACAUGAAUGUCUGAUACUGAGGCUUUUCCAUGGACUACAUUGAAACAUGACUCUUUUUGUUUUCCUUUUAACAGUUAGCAGUUUAGCAACACUAUUUUUAUGGAGAGACAAAGGAGGCUAUGAAAAAUAAAAAAAAACGUUGGUUUGUAUUUCUCUAAUCAGAAAACGCUUUCAUCUGAUGUUUUUUUCUUCUCUCUGAAUAUAUUUCCAUUUGUGUGUAAGUUGUUUAAUCGUAAAGGCUGGAGGCAGUAUUGUAAAUCGUAUCCUACCCUGAACCCCCAUCUUACGGUCCUAUGCAUUUACUUAGUGUCUGCAUGAAUGGGUCUUUAAGUAACUGGUGUACAAUGCUGCAUUAUACCCCACAGUGGGGCUCUAUGCAGGUCAGAUAGGCUGUUGGUCUUUGAUGCCUCAGCUUAGUUCUUAACAUUGAUUUCUGAGUGACUGUGAAGGGGAAAAAAAUACAUGUGUCCCACAGUU